AUGUCGCGCGCGAGCGCGCCCGCGGGACCGUCGCGCCGCGCGCGCGACUCCCCCGCGUCCUCCUCCGCGCCGGAGGACGCGCCGCCGGACGCGAUCGCCGCGCGAUGCCUCGAGCGCAAGACCCGCGCGCGCGUCGUCCUGCACGCGGACGUUCGAGGGUUGACGUUCGUGGACGACGCGUCGCUCCUCGUCCUGAGCCACAGCGCGUUCAACGAGAUGACGUCGUGGUCGUCGCCUCGGCCUGACGCGUUCGCGGUGAAGUGCUUCGGCGCAGACGGGAAGCUCGCGGAGCGCGCGUUCGAGGUGCUCGGCCCGAGAGGCGUCGACGGCGGCGUCGUGCGCGAUUUUCUCGAGUCGAUGGUGCGGCUGUACGUCUCUAGGCCGACGCUCGUGCGCGAGAUGCGAUCGAGAGCGGUCGCGAUGACGAUCGGGGUCACCGCGCCGACGCGCGCGCUGGAAAUCGCGGGGGUGUUCGACGACGACGACGACGGCGGCGGCGGCGGACGCGAGCUCGAGGCGUUGGAGGCGGGAAUGCGAGGCGUGCGAUUCGAGUCGUCGUCGGCGACGGCGGCGGCGGCGAACGCGCGCGGGGUCGCGUCCCGGAUCCUGGACGACGCGUCGCCGUCUCCCGCGUCGUCUCGCGGCGUCCUCUUCGGCGACGACGACGGCCCGGGCGCGGCGUACGACGUCGCGCGGAGGCGCGAGAUGUACCGACGACGCGCGUGGGCGCACGAGGAGCACUCGUCGAAGAAUUGGAUGCCUCUCGGGUGCGUUCUAUACACUGGUUCCCAUACGACCGCGUUCGCGUGGUGA